UAAAUAAAUUCCCCAAACAGUACCCCACCAUUUCGAAGUGUAAAAACGUUAAUCAAAAGAGGAAAAUGAAUGAAAACCAAAUCACUGAGGGAGCUUCGAAAAGUGCUUUCAGAAUCUCGUAACUCUGCACUCAAAUCUCUUUUAUUUUGGAUCAGUGAAAACGGUUAUAGGAUAAGCUCCAAUCUUUGAGUUUCAGUUAUUAUGGGUGAGGAGGAUGGCCAGUCAGAUAAGCUCGAGGCAGCUGCAAAUGGGAAUGAUAAGCUGGAGGAGAAGAGUGAGGUUGUGACAGAGAAGAAAGGCGAGGAAAAUAAUGGAGUAACAGAGAUGGAAGAAGAUAUAAAGGGUGAUGGGAAAGAUGAAUCCAAGAAUAUGGAAGUGGACAAAGUGCAGAUCAAUGAAAGCAAGGAAACUGAAGAAAAAGAAGCAGAGAAUGGAAUAGGAGAAAAAUAUGAAAAGGAAGAAUCCAAAGACAAAAAGCAGAUGGAAGAAACAAAAGGAGAAGAAGAGAAGGAAGAAACCAAAAGUGAGGGAAAAGAAGAUGAAUCUAGCAAGAAGCCUGACGAUGAGGCUGAAGAUAAGGUUGAAGGAGAUGUUGACGAAGUGAACGCUGAGGAGGGAGAGCCAGAGGAAAAUAAGGAGGUAAAAGGAUCGAAGAAGCAACCUAGAACCAAAAGUCGUUCUGGACAAAAAGACAAGAGUAAGAAGAAGAAAGCUGAAGAGGAGAAACUAGAAGCCCCCAUAGAGAAAAAGGCAAAACAAACUAAAACCCCCACCAGGAAAAUGGAGGAGCCUAAAACAACUACACCUUAUGCAAUUGAACGCCCUGUACGUGAACGAAAAUCCGUAGAAAGGCUGGUUGCUACUAUUGAGAAGGACAACGCUAAGGAUUUCCAAAUAGAAGAGGGUCGUGGAACUGCAUUGAAAGAUAUCCCUAACGUUGCUUACAAGUUAUUGAGAAGAAAGACUGAUGACACCUUCAAAUUGCUGCAUACUAUACUCUUUGGAAGGAGGGGAAAGGCAGCUCAAGUCAAGAACAACAUAUCCAAUUUUUCUGGGUUUGUGUGGCCUGACAAUGAGGAAAAGCAAAUGAUAAAAGUAAAAGAAAAACUUGACAAGUGUGUCAAAGAGAAAUUGGUGGAAUUCUGCGAUGUUCUUGAUUUGCAGAUUCCCAAGGCUAAUACAAGAAAGGAAGAUAUUAUUGCAAAGUUGAUUGAGUUUCUGAUGGCUCCUCAUGCCACAACCACGGAGUUGCUUGCUGAAAAGGAGCAGUCAAGUAAAGGCAAAAAGCGCAAGAGAGAUGGGAAAAGAAGUGAAUCAGAAAUUGGGAGUACACCUUCACAAGGAUCAGCUAAGAGUCAAAAGAGAGGAUCGAAAAAUAAUGAGGAGAACAAGAGCAUUCUGGAAACUGAAGAUGAAUCAGAAGAAGAAAAAGAGGAAAUGCAUGAAGAGGAAAAUAUCGACGAUGCUAGUGAAAAAUCCGAAGAGGAGAUUUCCGAACAUGCUGAAAGUAAGAAAGAGAGUGAAUCUGAAGAUGAUGAGUCUGUCAAGUACAGAGGAAAGCAGAAGCGAAGUUCAACAAAGUCUCCAGCAAAGAAGAAAUCAGCUGAAAAGGGAAAAAUUAAGAAAGUUGCACUUGCUAAAAAGGCCAGUCCUCCAACUAAAAAAGCUCGUGCAAAAUCAACGAGUCGCUCCAAAUACAGUAAUGAUAAUAGUGCAAAGAAGUCUUCUGGUAAGCAGAAAGGUGAAGCGCUUGAGGAGAAAUCGACGACUUCAAAGAAAUCUGCACCGAAGGAAAGUACUGGAAAGAAGGCAGUGAAAGGCAAACUCAAGCCCAAGGAGGACAAGCUAAAGCCAAGUGACGAUGAACUCAAGAGUGCAACGUGUGAAAUUCUCAAAGAGGUGGACUUCGAUACGGCGACUUUCACAGACAUUCUGAAGCAACUUGCCAAGCAAUUCAGUACAGAUCUGACCCCCAGAAAAUCAUCAAUAAAGCUCAUGAUCCAAGAGGAACUCACUAAACUAGCCGGCAGGUCAGAUGAUGAAGGUGAUGCUGAGAAGGAUGGAAAAAAGCCUGCCCGUCGAAGCGCGGUGGCCUGAUGAGACGAGAUAUAGUCAUAUAGAGAAGAUGCAACGCAAUGAGCAAAGUACCAGUUUUCUAUUCAUCCUCUUCAGCUACUGUACAAUGUAUUCUGUCUUUCUCAAUUAUAUUGGUCCUCUACCGUGUAGAGUGCUCUCUUUCUCUUGUUGAAUAGGAAUUACCUCAGCUUUUAUGCACACAUCAUGAAAGUAUGUAGCAUUUCUUUUUCUUCCUUAUCUAUUCCCAUGUACUGACCCUUAAUUGCGAAAUAGAUUGGAUGGUUUAGUUUUGGGGUAUGAUCCAUAUCUAAUGCCAUUAAAAUC